AUGCCCAUUCAACCCUCUGUUGGCAACAAUGAAGAAGAAUUGGUUAAUGAUGCAAAUACUUCGUUCAAGUUGUCGCCUUACUGCUCUGGAGUGUUGUUGAGUGAUCAUGCUUCAAAAACUCUCGAAUACAUCACACAUGGAAGCAAGAUGAUCCUUUGUCGAGGAACGUGUGGUCAUUCAAGAGUAGAAAAAGCAUCACAAGCCAUUCGAGAACAGAUGAAGGCGCAAGAUGUGUUGCCUCAAUUUGAUUCAUUGUAUCUUGAUCCUUACAAAGAGGGACACGAGGCAAGUCAUUUGAUUUUACGUCACGAUGAUGAAUAUGUUAUCUUCCAUCCAGCUCAAUUCUUGCCAAAAUAUGAAAUUGAAUUCGUGGUUGAAUCAUUGCAACUAUGUUCUCCAUGUAGAUAUAAAUUAGGUCACAACGAAGAAGAUGGAAACAAUCACGAAUAUGGUUAUUAUUAG